AGGAGGUGCACGGUGUGUUUGGGGAAAACUUUCACUUCAGAACUGCUCCGGUGAGGCGCGUCCCCGUGUCUAUUUGACAGCCGCGGGCACGCGCAGGAAGUCUGCUCCUUUAAGUGGGGGGGAGCGGCCCUCCCUCCUCCCCCUGCUCGGCCUCCUCGCGGAGCUGCGAUGGGAAUUUGAAGGCUCGGAGCUCCGCGGGCGGCUCGGCGUCACCUCAGCGCCGCUUUGGAGUCACCGGAUCGGACCGGCUGCUCACCGACCCGCCGCUCGGUCUGCUGGAGCCGGAGGCGCGGAGCAGGACCGCGUGUGUCCGCGAAGGGACCCCGCUCCUGCUCGGACUUGCGCUGUUAGGCUCGCGGACGGGAUUCGGGAUCCGGUACCGGGACUUGGAUGCGAGUUUGGCCCCGCGUGAGGCAGCGGGAGUCCGCGAGGAGAGCCGGGGCCGAUGGCGCAACGGUAUGAAGAGCUCGCCCACUACGGGCUGGAGGUGGUGGGUGGGGUGUAUGGAGACCCUCCCCACCACCACCCUCACGCCGCUGCAGCUGCACGUUCCCUGCAAGCCGUUCACCUGGCCGCCGCCACCUACCCUCCACACCAGUACGCCCAGUCCACCCACAGCAGCGGCGGCAACAUGGCCGCCACAGCCGGGGACGCCGUCAAGAGGGACAAAGACGCCAUUUACGGACAUCCUUUAUUCCCGCUGCUUGCACUCAUCUUUGAGAAAUGUGAACUGGCAACCUGCACGCCGAGGGAGAGCGCCGUGGCCGGGGGAGACGUCUGCUCCUCCGACUCCUUCAGCGAGGACAUCGCCGUCUUCUCCAAACAGAUCCGCUCGGAGAAGCCGCUGUUUUCAUCCAACCCAGAGCUCGAUAACUUGAUGAUUCAGGCGAUCCAGGUGCUGCGUUUCCACCUCCUGGAGCUGGAGAAGGUUCACGAGCUCUGCGAUAACUUCUGCCAUCGAUACAUCAGCUGUCUGAAAGGCAAAAUGCCGAUCGACCUGGUUAUAGACGACAGAGACGGAAACAAGUCAGACGGCGAGGACUUUGUCAGGUCGUCGGGGAACCUCGUGGAUCGGGUUUCGUGGAGCAGAGAUCACGACGACUCGGCGUCGAUCAGGUCGGCUGGGACGCCGGGACCGGCCAGCGGAGGACACGCGUCUCACAGUGGCGACAACAGCAGCGAGCCAGGUGACUGCCUGGAUAACGGCGUGGCGUCUCCAAGCACGGGCGAUGAAGACGACCCCGACAGGGACAAGUCAAACAACAAGAAGAGAGGAAUCUUCCCCAAAGUGGCCACCAACAUCCUGAGAGCCUGGCUGUUCCAGCACCUGACGCACCCGUACCCGUCGGAGGAGCAGAAGAAGCAGCUGGCUCAGGACACCGGCCUCACCAUCCUGCAGGUCAACAACUGGUUCAUCAACGCGAGGCGGCGGAUCGUUCAGCCCAUGAUCGAUCAGUCAAACAGAGCAGUGAGCCAAGCGCCGCCGUACGGCCCAGAUGGCCAGCCAAUGGGAAGCUUCAUGGUGGACGGUCAGACGCCCGUGGGAAUCAGACCGCCUGGUCCGAUGGGUGGUGUAGGGAUGGGGAUGGGCGUGGAGGGACAGUGGCACUACAUGUAGCACCACCGCCUGCACCCUGCAGCCUGAGGAGGCGCCCGGCGUCGCAGGAAACCACCGACUCUGAUCAGGUCUGCAGACCCCCAUAGCGUGGAGCGGGACCCCACGCCUCUUCACCCCCUGCCCAUCAGCUCUCCGCCCUGUGGGCGUGGCUGAUGAGGAAACACCUGAGCUUGCCUCUGUUCUCGGCGGGCCUUCUCAGAGCGCUCCACGGACUAAAAAGAGAAACGUGAGGACAGACGGCGAUCGUGAAGGCAAAGACAAACACUGUCCACCGCACGUUUCUGGAUUUGAUCACUUCCUGUGAUGUAAUCUCCCAGAACGGACAGAUCUGCAGCUCGGCUUCCUCUCUGCGCUCGCUGAUGGACUCCUGAAGCCGUUUGCUCUGCAGACAGAGCGAAGCUGUGAUGUGGACGGACAGUUUUGGACCGUAGACCCCCUCAGACCUCCCACUCCGUAAAUAAAACUGAUU